AUGUUCUAUCUGGCCUGUUUGGGCUUCAUCAAAACGUCGGUCUGCUGGUUCUACACGCGCAUCGGCGACAAGACGCUCACGCGCAUGUCCUUGAUCAUGAUGGGCAUUGUCGGCACCCAGGCGACAGUGUUCGUCAUGGUGGCAGCCUUUCAGUGUCGACCCAUCCCGAAAGCCUGGAACACGUCCUUGCCUGGUCAGUGUGUCGAGAUCAACAUCUUCUAUCUGGCCAACGCAGCCUUGAACAUCCUGACUGAUUUGCUCACCUACUCGCUCCCUAUCAAAGUCCUCCUCCGCCUACAGAUGCCGGUCAAGCAGAAGUUGGCCCUGGGUUUCAUCCUCUGCCUGGGACUUUUUGCCUGCAUCUCCUCGAUCAUUCGCAUCACCUACAUCCCGACCAUGCUCAAGUCGGCCGAUUUCACCUACGCCAUCAGCGGCGCCAUGUACUGGUCCGUGAUCGAGACCAACGUGGGGAUUCUGGCCGCCUCGAUUCCCUCCUUCAAGGCGAUUGCCUCCCGCUUCCUGCCGCGACUCAUCGGCGAGUACUCAUCCGGGCGCAAGUACGGAUCCUCCAGACUCACGGGGUCCAAACCAAUCCAUUGGGGAUUCUCCCGCUUCAAAGACAGUGUGACCAUGAACUCCCUGAGGACCAAGGAUGCCGAGGUUAUGCCGACCGAGAUUGGAAAAGGGUACGGCAGCAACACCAGCGAGGAGCGCAUCGUGGUGCCGAAUGGGAAGAUCUGGACGACCACGCAGAUCGAGACGAAUGUGGAAAUCACCAACACGAGUAUCCGGUGA